AGAAGUCAAGCGCGCGCUAAUCGCAGUCGACUCUCGCCCGCUAGUGUGCGAAAGCCAAGCCAUUGCGAAAGCAAUCACUCUGCAAAGUUCUUUGGCAACACUUUGUGAAAUACUCGGGCCGUGCAAUUUCUGUGUUGUGGUUUGCAGCUCUCAGUUUUCGGUCUCCAGUGAUUUACCAACCGACCUGCUGCUGGCUGCCUUCGGUUGCGGAUUCGAGUUGUUCGAAAAUCCGCUUGACCCGCAUCAAGUGCACUAAAUUCCAACACUAAAACCUGAUCUGAAUCGGGACGCGGUUCCUGGAAGUCAAGACUUUAACCACCAAACUAAUUGUACAAUCAGCGAGGAACACGAACUGCAAGUAAUCGUUUAGAAGGACUGCACUGUGAGCAGAGGAAAAGCACCAACCACUACACAGCAACACAAUGGCCUUAAUUAUGAAAUACAUCGACAGCAUAAGCAGAUACAUAGACUCACAUAGUGACUCAAGGACAAAAGGCUGGCCCAUGAUGUCGUCCCCAUUUCCCACACUGGCCGUUUGCCUCACAUACGUGUAUCUGGUCAAGGUGCUAGGACCCCGGUUAAUGGAAAAUCGAAAGCCGCUGCAUCUGCAGAACACACUAGUCAUGUACAAUGCCAUACAAGUUGUGUUCAGCGCGUGGCUCUUCUACGAGUGCUUGAUGGGCGGCUGGUGGGGCUCGUACAGCUUCCGGUGCCAGCCGGUGGACUACACAGAUAGUCCCACAUCCCGGAGAAUAGGCAUUUCCGGUUGGCUAACUGGACAUUAUAGCUUCCGAUGUCAGCCAGUCGACUAUAGUAAUAAUCCUAGAACGUUAAGGAUGGUUCAUGCCUGCUGGUGGUACUACUUUUCGAAGUUCACCGAAUUCAUGGAUACGAUUUUCUUCGUGUUGCGCAAGAAGACCAGCCAGGUUACCACGCUGCAUGUCAUCCAUCACGGCUGCAUGCCCAUGUCGGUCUGGUUCGGCGUUAAGUUCACCCCGGGUGGCCACAGCACCUUCUUCGGCCUGCUCAACACCUUCGUCCACAUCGUGAUGUACACGUACUACAUGUUCUCGGCCAUGGGUCCGCAGUACCAGAAGUACCUCUGGUGGAAGAAGUACCUGACCACCCUGCAGAUGGUCCAGUUCAUCCUGAUUAUGGUGCACGCUUUCCAGCUGCUCUUUAUCGAUUGCAACUACCCGAAGGCGUUCGUCUGGUGGAUCGGCAUGCACGCCGUCAUGUUCUUCUUCCUGUUCAACGAGUUCUACAAGGCAGCCUACAGGAGCCGCAUGAUGAAAAAGAACGGAGCUCUGGCCAACGGACAUGCCAAGCCCAACGGCUAUUGCAAGAGUAUCAACGCCCAUGACGACCUGGCCAUGCCGCAGCAAACGGAGUCGGCGACGCCCGUAUCAAAAGCCAACGGGAGCACAAACGUUCAGACCAAUGGCCAUGCGAAUGGCCUGGCCAAUGGCUACAGCAGCGCGCACAAGGGUGCAAACGGCGGGCUCUUGACGAACGGAUAUGCCACCAAGCUCCUGGACGACGCCUCCCAGGAACUGAAACAGCGAAAGACGCCGAAAUAAUAUCGGGGCAAGGAAGGGCGCCGCCAGCACAGAGCUUAGGACAUGGCGACGGCUGCCGUGCCAGGACCAUCCUGGGAGGGGGCGAAGCUCCACAGUCAUUUCCACAGGCAAUCUUUUCUUCACUUCAACUCACUACCCUACAUCGAAGACCAUUCACACACAACAUUUCGCGUGAUGACACACUAUACGUUCAUUUGGGAAAGCAUGCCGAGCAAGCGCAGAUUGUGGAGUUCGAAACCCAAACUACCACUGCAUGCGCAAAGUAUAUUUUCCAAGAGCCCAGCCGAGCAUGAAAAUACGCUAAUGGUAUGCCUGCGUGCAUAUUGAAGCAUAUGCAAAUGUAUAGGCAUUGCGAAUGCAUAUGCGCCCAUUCUUCUACUUUGAACAUGAUUUGUUGUUUCUUUUCUAUAACUACUUUAGUUGUACAAAGCUUACUUAUCAUAAGUACCCCAGCGGAUUGUAUAAUACAAAAACAAAACAAAUCAAGAUUUCAACUAAACAACAAUAUAAACGGAAGCCCAGCAUAAACACUUUAAAAACUAAAGCUAAUGCUUGUUACACUUAUUUUGUGUGAGAGCAAGGAAUUCAACUAUUUAAGCCUAGAAUUUAACUAUAUAUGUGUAUAUAAAUACAUAUAUUAUUAAAAUAAAUAUAAAUAUAAAAAAAACAGAAGCCAACGGCAAAUUUUGUAAAUGUAUAAAUAAAAACCAAUUUAAUUUAAAAUUAGGCACAAUAAUUGUUAAAAAAUAGAACAGUCAUUCAUUGCAAAAAAGUAAGAAAGCUAAAAAAAAACACAAACGCAAGUAUUUGACACAUUUUGUGAAACGUUUCAAAGUAUACAAAAAAAAAAAUAAUGUACGAAGACAUUAAGAAUUCACAGGCUAUUACCCAUAAAGUUUCAUUAAUUUAUUACAAGUAAUUAUGCGGCAAAAAAUUCAACGCGAUUUGAAUUUGGAUCUUUGAUCAUUUUUAACGGUGCAUACCCCAAACAUCCACAGUACAUCAUUAUUGAAAACAAAUAGAAAAUACAAAUAGUAAUAGCCAUAAGAGCGAUCCACUUGAAACCGAGCAUGAAAAUCAGUAAAUUGUUGGAAUCAAAUAAACAAAAUAGACUGUAAGUCCCACAUUCUAGAUAUGCAGUUGCCAUACUUUUUGUAUGCGUAAUAGCCAUUUUUGUGGAGCAGUAUGUAAACAUUACCUAUGUAGUUAUUAUUAUACAAAAUACAAAAACACAUGUCUAGAAAAUUAGGUGAAAAUGGAGUGGAGAAUUUUUUCAAUAAAAACACUAAACUGAA